AUGAAGUUCUCCGUCUUUGCCGCUGUCGCUGCCGGCCUGGUUGCUGCGGCCCCCAGGCAGAGGGGCAACCUCGCGGCUCUUGAGGUUGCUGUUCUUGGUGGUGCCAGCUUCAAGAUCUCCCAGGUACCCAACCAGAACUAUAGGACGCUUCAUCGGGGACCCAGGGCGCUUGCCAAGGCAUAUCAGAAGUUCGGCGUGCCAAUCCCGAGUGACCUUCUUCAACUGCUCCAGGAGAUUCUGUCCGAGCUCGGCGUUUCCGUCCCGAGACUCGGCGGAGCGGGCAACGGGACAUUCGGUGGAAAUGACACUGCCGACGCUGGCCAAGGCGAGGUCUCGGCUAUUCCCGAGCUCUUCGACAGCGAAUAUCUGGCCGAGGUCCACAUAGGCACCCCGCCUCAGAAGCUCAUGCUCAAUUUCGAUACCGGUUCCUCGGACCUGUGGGUCUUCAGUUCGGAGACGCCGGUGAACCAGAGGAACGGCCAGAAGCUGUACGAUAUAGAGGCGAGCACAACCUCCAAGCUUCUCAACGGCUCAACCUGGAGCAUCCGAUACGGCGACGGCAGCAACUCGGCCGGAACUGUCUACAUGGACACCGUCAGCGUCGGGGAGAUCACGGUUGCAAACCAGGCUGUCGAGUCCGCGCAGCGAGUCUCGGCUUCGUUCAUGAAUGACACAGCGUCUUCUGGCUUGCUGGGCCUCGCUUUCAGCCACAUCAAUCAAGUGACUCCAAACCAGCAGAAGACCUUCUUUGACAAUGCGAUGGAGAAUUUGGCGAUGCCUCUCUUUUCCGCGAACCUGAAGCAGGGCGAGGCUGGCAACUACAACUUCGGAUUCAUCGAUCAGACCGAGUUCAGCGGCGAGAUCGCCUUCGUCAACGUCAACAGCACCCAAGGGUUCUGGCAGUUCUCUGCGGGCGGCUUUGCAGUCGGCAGCAAGGCGGCGGUGGCGAUGCCGCACGAGGCCAUCGCCGACACGGGCACUACCCUGCUUCUGCUGCCGACGCCCAUCGUCGAGGCCUACUACGCCGAUAUCCCGUCGGCGGCGUUCAGCGCGAGCGUCGGCGGCUUCGUGUACCUGUGCACGGAGAAGCUGCCCGACUUCACGCUCAACAUCGGCACCUACAAGGCGGUCAUCCCAGGCCCCAUCAUCAACUACGCGCCGGCCGACUCGGACGACUUCGCCACGGCCACGUACUGCUUCGGCGGCAUCCAGGCCGCCAACGGCUUGCCGUUUGCCAUCUACGGGGAUAUCUUCCUCAAGGCGCAGUUCGUCGUGUUCCACGGCGGAAACAGUCAGCUCGGGUUCGCGCCGAAGCCGACAUAA